CGGUGGAGAGCGCGCCCCGCGCGGGGAUGGCGGUGGGACGGCCGGGGGUGGGCGCGGCGCUGGGCGCGGCGCUGCUGGCGAGGCUGGGCCUGGUGCUGUACGGCCUGCACCAGGACGGCGCCAUGCGGGUGCGGUACACCGACGUCGACUACCGGGUCUUCACCGACGCGGCGCGGCUGGUGAGCGAGGGCCGGUCGCCCUACCGACGGGCCACCUACCGCUACACCCCGCUCCUGGCCUGGCUCCUGACGCCCAACGUCUACCUCGCCGAGGUCUUCGGGAAGCUGCUCUUCGUGGCGGGGGACUUGGCGGCUGCCGUCGUCGCCUACCGGGCCCUGCGGUACCGGGGGGCCGCCGCCGGCCAGGCCUGCGGGUGCUGCGCCGUCGCCUGGCUCCUCAACCCUCUGCCCAUGGCCGUCUCCAGCCGGGGCAACGCGGAGGCCCUGGUCGCGCUGCUGGUGCUCGCCACCCUGCACUUGGCGGAGGCGGGGAGCGUAGGCAAGGCCGCCGUCUGCUACGGGCUGGCCGUGCACGUGAAAAUAUACCCGCUGACCUACGCGCUGCCCAUAGCGCUCCACCUGCAGAGCAGGCGCGGCGGCGGGGAAGGGGCGGUGGAUACGGGGUGCGACAGAAAAGCAAAGUUCGCGUUCGUAGCGUACCUCUGGCAGCUUUUUGUAAAGAUGCUGAACCGCGACGUGCUGCUUUUUGCAACGGUUGCUGGAUCCGUGCUGGCCGCCUUGACUCUUGCAUUCUAUCACCUGUAUGGCUGGGAGUUUUUGGAGCAUGCCUACCUCUACCACCUGACCAGGAGGGAUAUCCGUCAUAACUUCUCUCCCUAUUUCUACAUGUUGUACUUAACUGCAGAGAGCAAAUGGAGUUUUGCCCUUGGGCUCGCAGCUUUCCUGCCCCAGCUGCUUUUGCUCCUGGUCGUGUCCAUAGCGUUUUACAGAGACCUUGCCUUCUGUUGUUUCCUACAUACCGCUAUUUUUGUGAGUUUUAACAAAGUAUGCACGUCCCAGUACUUUGUCUGGUAUCUCUGCCUCUUGCCCCUCAUAAUGCCCAGUGUUAAGAUGUCUUGGCGUCGCGGUGUGCUGCUUCUCUUUCUGUGGUUUGUUGGACAAGGCCUGUGGCUCGCUCCUGCGUACUUUCUGGAGUUCAAAGGAUAUAACACUUUUUUACUCAUAUGGUUGGCAGGCUUGCUUUUCCUUUUUAUUAAUAGCCUCAUAAUUGUUCAGAUUAUUACAUAUUAUCAAAAAGAACCGCAAGUUGCAAAAAAACUCAAACAACAGUAAUAAACAGGCCAACAUCCAGAAACAGCCCUACUAUCCUUGAUAAGGCUUUUCAUACUGCCAGCACUUUGUUUAAUAUAAAUGCGCUGAUUGGCCUUAAUUGCCCUGAACGGUGUCUGCAGGUGUACCUGUCUCCCAUGUGGACCUUGAAACUGCAUUGUAACUUUCUGGCCAGCACCGCCUCCAGCCCUGUCUCCUGCUGCUCCUGACCAGACUCCCUGGAAGGACCCUGGACCAGUUCAUCACUUACCAUGUCUGGGGCUGCAGGUGGAGCAGCACCCAUCUCCUCCUGCCAUCUCCAGACACAGUGUGACUGCACCCUGGUCAGUGAGAGUACGGCCUGCGCUGGGGUCACCCUCAGCUCCUGCUCGUACCCCGUCAUAGAGCAGCUCCAAUCUUCUUACUCCCUGGUACCCUUUUUCUCAUUGUUACUUUACUUGUUGACGACUGUGGCCUCUCUCUAGGAAACCAGGAGAUUACAGAGGGAUGUUGGAGUUUGACAGUCUUGGACAUUCCAAUACGUGGGUGGGGUGUUUUGCAAGGGUUAAGCUAAUGAAUGAAUGAAUAUAAGGCAAUCACUUAAUAUGUACACUGGGAUUUAUUUUUUCUUUUUGCAGUAACGUUUUAGCUAUACAGUGAUUGUGGCCUGUACCUGGUCUUUUUUCAGUGAAGUAGGAAAAAAGUGGUUAUUUCUUAUGAGUCAUUAAAUCCUUGAAACUUUUAAUUUAUUUUAGAAUUCAGAUAUGCUCACUCAUUCAGAUCCUUAUUUUUGCCUUUCAGUGCUGUUUGAAUUUUUGAACACAUUUAUCUCCCUUGCCACGGAGGAAGAUUUUUCCAAAUACCUGUCUUGGAUUGCAGAGUUGCAUAAAGCAAAAAUACUUGUGUUCCUUGCUGUCUUGAGCUAGAAGGAGGCCGCUAGUUUAAACUGCAGUUAACUAAUAGUUAUUGUGGAUGUUAACAGUAGCAAAUGCAAAGAGUCAAAGUAUGGCUAGAAUGACACCUGUGUCCCAAAAGCACUACAGUAUACCAAAAAGUAAUUGGAAAUGUAGUUUCUCAGUGCUUCAAUAUCUCUACUGUUAAAAGUAAAUGAAAAAGAAAGUGAAAGGAGUUGAGUAAGUGGAGCAGUUGCCAGAAGAAAAGGAAAGUUUUGAAAUAGGAAGCUCUACAGCCUGUCAAAACGAGGUAUUUAUUCCCAGAUGAGACACAAGAAGAUGUGGAGUUGAGUGUCAGGUGGUAGGGAGAGGAGUUGAGAGCCGUUCUGGAGUCAAUACCCUCAGGAACAUCCUGUGAGAGAUUUGGUGUACACAGCCCUUGACAGAGAUGGAAACUGGUGAUGUGUUUUUUAAUAAAAUCUUGAGUUCAAAUAGGCAUAUGCCAAAUUUAAGAAUUUUCCUAUUUGCCUCAACUUUUCGUUACAUCCUAUGGGAAUGUGAAACCCUUAGUGUGUAAAGUGGAGCAGAGCUUCAAGGCAAAAUAACUUCAACCACUCCGUGAGAUUCCCAGGGUUGUCAGCAGGAAAGAAUGUGGCCGAGCAGGUUUGCCUUUCAGGUUCAUGCUUGCCAUGCUGCCUCUCUGAAUCCUGAGGCAGCCCUCUUCCCCAGGACUGCAGAGCUCCCUGCUUACUUAUGUACAGGGUUUUUUUUCCUGGUUGUAGUUAUACCUCGUGAGGCUGAAUUGCAGUCUUUUGAUCUAUGAAUUUUUCCUAUUGCUUCUCGGCCCCGUCGAGGUGGUUACACAAAAGGAGAGGAAGCCCCUGAGCCCCAAGGGCCCAGAGCCAAAGGGUGUGUUACCAGGAGGUGUGACUAUGUCCUUACACCAUUCUGGCCCAAGUCAGCAGUUCUGAUGUGUCAGGAGGAAGGAUGAUUUCCCUGCUCAGGGUGGUGGAGGGUGGUUCUGCUCCCCCCCUGGAAGGCAUUCUGCUUUUCCCUGCCAGUCUGCACUCACGCUCACCUUCACGUUGUGAAGAUCCUGCCAGCCUCUUCUUUGUAAAUCCAGAAAUUGGAUGAGGCAACAGAUAUUCUUUUGACAAACUGUCUUGGUUUUUCAGGCAGGUCUUACAGAUGUGGCACUAAUUUCCUUCCCCUGGCUUUGCCCGGGAUGAAGGAAGAAAGACUUGUACAUCUUCCACAACAAGUUUAUCAGUCACAAGACUGGUAGCACAAGCCACUUUUAUACACAGUUUAGUUCUAUAUUUAUCACCAAAACAUUUUGUAUGUGCUAUCAGUGUGUGAAGAGAAAGUGUCCCAUGUGGUUUUAUUUUCUAAGGUAGAGUUUAACGUGCUCAGUUAGUGUUUUACCAGAAGACUGAAGAGCCUCUUCUGUGCCGAUACCUCUUUUCACCCUGUCCCAACAUGCAGGCGGUAGCUUGUUUUCCCUUGCAACUGAUCUUCUAUUACCCCUUAUACAUUUUUCUAUUGCAAAUAGCAUGUUUUCUUCCCCCAAAGCAAUGGGUUUUCUCUCUUUAACAGACCUAAUUAUGCUGUUUCCAGACUUUUCCACUCCCCUAGUUUUUUUCCUUCUGUUGGCAAAGAAGGCAAAUGAAAGCCAAAAGGCAUUUCCAGCUUCAAAAACCUUUCAAAAAAAAAAAAGGCAUUUUGAGUUUCUGUCAUGACAGAAUUGUAAUGGUUUUUUUUAGGUAAGAAGUAAUUGCCUUAUGACAAAUACAUUCUUGAUUCAUUAAUAGUUAAAUCAUUUUGAGGCCUUCAGAAGGCAAGCUCUGCAGCAACAGGGACCGAAGAGUACCUUCCCUUUGCAGGUCAAUACCAGCCCUUCAGCAAUGAUUUGAGAAAGUCGUGCAUAAAUAAGUUAUAAAAAGGCUUUUAUACAAAUUUAGAGUUACAGUCAUCAAUUUAAUAAUCCAGUAUGAGUCCCUCUUUUUACAGUUGUUGUUUUGUAAGCAAGCUAGUCACCCAAAUGUGUUUGGGAUUUAGAAAUAAUUCAGUGACUCAUAAAAAGCUGGAUGGCAGAAAUGAACUGAAAGAGACGAACAGGAGAGAUAUCUGAGAGUUUAGAUCUUGCAAAUUGCUUUAGAUAGUUAAGUGGAAUUGAAUAUUCAUUGAUAAAAAGCAUUAAAUCAAAAUAAUUGUAGCUGAGUGCAGAACGAGUUAUAAUUCAUGAACAAGUCAUGGUGAUUAAUUAUAAUGACCUUAGAAUUUACCAAAUUCAUUUCCUAUGGAACAUUUAUUGGUUUUGAUGGUGUUCAAAUUCUUCUGCUUAAUAAUUUUAUGUCCAUUUAUCUUCUGGAAAUUAGGAACUGAAGUGUCUGAAUGCUAGCUUUCAUUCUGUACCAUGGGUUGCAAAAUUGUAAUGCUAUUUUUUUUUAAAAAAAGUUUGAAGUGCCCAAUGUAAUGUGUCUCAUUUGCACAAAUUUUUUACGUUGCACUGAAACCAGCCCUGAAGUGCAAAGUGCAAGAUGUGAAAGACAAAGUGAAAAGAAGAAAAGAAAUAUCAAGACAAAUAACCUCUUUUCCUUCCUUUUUACACCGUAGCCUAUAGUCCAAAGGCUCAUGAGUGGAUUCAGAGGUGACUUCAGUCAAAGCUUCAGCAUGUAACAAUGAUUUGCUGUAACAUUUAUAAAUGGAAUUACUCAAAUAACAAGGUAAACAAAAAUACAAUAAUAAAAGUUUCAUGAAGUUUUAGUAUGAGCAUGCUAAAUUACCAUCUCUGACACAAUAACUGUGUACUUGGUCCUUAUUAAGUAACUGCCCUGUCUGCAUUGCUAGCAUUGUAUUGACUUCUGUAAUAGUAAAGGCAGCAACUGUAUGCUCUAAACUGAGCUCAUCAGUUUUCUUUUUCAAAGAAACAUUGAAGUUUUUAUAUUUAACAGCAAGGGAAAACUCCCAACGUUUUUCCUAAGGUUUUGUAGAGAAAGCAAAUGUUAAAGGACAGUAAAUUAUGAGCAAGUUGUUCUGUGUUUUUCAGCUGAGAAGAAUGAGGCAUCUAUUUUAAAAGGGCUGCAGAAAUACAUAGUGAACACAUGGAACUCAAAAAGUAUAUUCUUCAUUUAUUUCCCAAAGGCAGUUGCAGAAUGCAUAUCCUAAUGAUAGCAGCAUUAUGGAACAGGAUUAUCCUGAACUUAGAAAAAACCUUUUACUCAGACUAAAACCGAAGCACUCAUGCAACUUUCUUGAUUAGGGGCAUGUUUAUGUGCACCAUAUGCAUAAAACAUUUACCUGCACAUACAGAAGCAAAAAGAAAAGUCCCAGUCAAGACAGCUUUGAAUAAUACGAUUUUUUGGAGCUGCCCUCUUUAAAACAUGUUUCUUAUAUUCAGCACUCAAAAUCUCUAGUGACUCUAAAACUUGUAUCACAUAAGUUUUGAUGCAUAUGGAAAGUAAAAGCAUAGGCAGCAGGGAUCUUGAGUGGUAAUAGACACGUUCAAGAACCAACUAAUUCUGUCUGACUAUUUGAAGGUACACACCAGUAUCCUGAUGUUCUUCAUUACAACAAUCUGCACUGGUCAUUUUAUUUGUGUAGGAGCCUUGCUUCGGUCUUUAUGCGUGAUGAAUGAGGUCAGAGACCUACGUUUUGUAUUAGUAAAAGUAUCAGAAAGUUAAAAAUUUCUCUUGAUGAAGCAGUACCUUUUUUUUUUUUUUAAAUUACAUUACUUUUCUGUAAGGACCUUAAUAAAUCCAUGCAAUAAA